CGAGGCGCCGCCCGUGUCGGCUGGGGGCCGCAGAGCUCGCGGCGCUGGCGGCGCGAAGGCAUCGCGCUGGGAGCCGCUGCCGGAGGGCUUCGGUGAGCUCAACGCCUUCGCUGAAGCUGGAGCGAUAGGGGAUGCGCACAGAGUGCUGCGGAGGAUAGAGCACGACGUCCCGCAGCGCCUGAAGCGGAUGCUGUUCAACACCGCCAUCAAGGCGUGCGCGCAUGCGGGGGAGCUGCAGGUGGCGGAGCUGUAUUUUCAGGCCAUGGUGCGUCAGAGGUCCGCGGAUGACCUGUAUGCACCGUUCCGCGGUGGCGUCUCCCGGGGCGUCCUCGAUCUUCGACCUACGAAAGGUACGGCGCAUAGUGUCCAGCCAUCAGUGCCGAACAAAUUGUGCACCGUACCGCGUUGGAGCGAGGCCCGAAAGGAGUCCAAACACGGUGCGGUGCAUGAGGGCCGUUCUCGUAAGAGGGUCACUCCCAGCGGCAGGAGCUUCGGAAAGAUGAUCCACUCCGCUGUGCGGGCCAACGACACUGCAGCAGCCGACAGGUACUGGUGUCGAGAACAGGGGCCGGGGUCGGGGCGGCGCCGUUCUGAGAACGAGCAGGCGAUGAGCGGCAGGAAAUAUGCUGCUCCGCGAAGGGGGGCGCCUGUCUCAGGGCGGCUGGAAGGUUUAUGCCCCCAUCUGUCACUGUAGGUGUAUAAGCUUCCUGGCCGCACUGGGCCAGGCCUCCCCGAGCUGGAAGCAGCUAUUUGUUUUACCCUUCUCCGCUUGUCAGGAGAUGGCCCUCGCACCCCAGAAGGCGUGGCGUGGCUCGAUCCAGGGCGCUGCCCUCUGACUGAAUUGCCCCCCCUGCCAUUCUCAAAAGGCUUGCCCCGAUGACCUCUGGAGGCCUCCGCAGACCUUCCGAGGUUGGGUCUCAGAGGCCUCCUGGGAGCCCCUUCG